AUGGUCACCACCUUGAAUGACAAUCCGUUCUCCCCGGAAGCGAUCUACAAGCCGUAUGACUUCUACAACCGGCUGCGCGAACACCAGCCGGUGUACUACAACGAGCAGUUCGAGGUGUGGAUGAUCACCUCGUGGGAGCACUUGGUGUGGGUCACCCGGCAUCCGGAGGCGUUCUCCUCCAGCGUGUACUCCCGGGACAUCAGGCCGCCGAACCCGCCGAUUGAUGAAGACGACAUGGAGAUCUAUAACUUCAUCAAGAAGUGGCAGGUUUCCCGAUUCAUCCAGCAUGACCAGAGGCGGUACAGCCCUGAGAUCAGCGGCCCCGACCACGUGGACAUGCGGCGGGUGAUGCACGGCUAUUUCACCCCAAAAUCGAUUGAGAUGUGGCGGCCGCUGGUGCAGUCGGCAAUCGACGAACUGCUCGAUGCGGUGGAAGAGAAGGGGCAAAUGGACGUGAUGGCCGACCUGGCCACGCCGCUACCCCUGCUGGUGAUCGCGCGGAUGCUGGGCAUACCGGACAGCGAACGGCCGCAGCUUCGGGAACUGGCCAAGGACCUGCGGUUCCUCAACCGUGACGGCCCGGACCGCAUGAAGCCAUUGAGCCAGGCGGUGCUGAACCUGCAGAACUUCAUCGCGCCGCUGGUGGAGGAUCGGGUCAACAACCCCGAAAAGUUCGAUGCCCUCGACCUGAUGUCGGUGGUGUGUGAAGGCGAGCGUCAGGGCGUAUUCAACCGAGACAUGACGAUCAACAACGUGAUGCUGUUGCUUUCGGCAGGCCACGAGACCACCAUCAACCUGAUCUGCAACGGGACGCUGGCGUUCACGCAGCACCCGGACCAGUGGGCGAACCUUAAGUCGGAUCCCGAAGGCAAGACCGUGCGCGCCACGGAAGAGGCACUGCGGUACGACUCGCCGGUCCGGUCGAUUCAGCGCAUCGCCGUCGACGACAUCGAGAUGAACGGCCAACUGAUCCAGAAGAAUGACCGGGUACGGUGGUUCAUCCCCGGCGCCAACCGCGAUCCCAAGGUUUUUGAUCGGGCCGACGACUUUGACAUCGAGCGGUACCCGAACCAGCACGUCGCGUUCGGCAGCGGGAUUCACCAUUGCCUGGGCGCAACCUUGGCCCGCUUGGAGGGACAGGAGAUCUUCCGCAACCUGGCCAACCGGUUCGAAAAGGUCGAGCUGGAAAUCCCGGUGGAGAAGGUUGAGUACGACCAUGUGCUGACCUUCCGCGCCGUGGAAAGUCUGCCGGUGAAGGUUACCAGCGCGUAG